AUGGCGUAUGCUUACACAGACCCAACAUCCAUCAACUACAUCCUGCAACGUGCACACACUGAGCUGCGGCGUGGCGAGAAUCAGCACUACCGCUCCACUGAGGCUCAGUACACGAAUCAUGUAAAAGAACUGCUUGGCAACUUGGAGCGCUACCUCGAAACGUGUGGCGUGCGGCUCCCCACUCAAGUGCAGGAGGGCGCGGAGAUUACUGCUACCGCGGAGGCAGCUGGUGAGACGGAAAGUGAGCGAACGCCGUUUUCGGCACCACCACGCGGUCGUUUGGUGGCAACUCAGCGCGUAAACCAAGGCCGCCGCCUCAGCAGCGGGUCUGCGUUCGCGUCCGUGACGGUCGGCAGUGCAAAGUGCGACAGCAACGCCGUGAACCGGCACGAGGAGGCAAGCAACAAUAUCAGUGUUUACUCAAGUGGGCCAGUCCGCAGCGGGUGGGGAAAGCUGGCAACCCCAUGCGAGGCGCAGCGUGGCAGCGGCGCGGCGAACGCGUGCCAUGUCGCGAGCAGUUGCCCCGUAGCGGCGGCGACGUCGACUCUUCACGGUAUUUUUCUGAAGCACGACCAGGUAAAUGCGAUGUCUGACUCUUCCUCUUCGCCGCUCGGGGCCGCCUACCAGCAGCACAUCGCGCCAGACAAUAGGUGCGUGCGUGCGGUCACCAGCGAAAGUGAGGCGAGUAUCCUAUACAAAUCACAGCAAGCGACCACGGCGCAUGCUGCGUACUCGUCCUCUUCGUCAUCCGUGGCCGUCGACGCUGGGGCUGACGCCAACGCGGAAGGCAGCACCACCUCUCUUCUGCACAGCGGUGAUGCCGCUGGCGUGGACAGCUGCAGUGUGGACAGUGGCAGUGCCCCCAUCGUGGCCAUCAUCGACUCUGGGUGCGGCGGCGGUAACAGCACGAGGAGCAGGGGGCGCGGCGAGAGUGUGGCAAUGAGGUCGCCCCCCGCACCGCCGCAGCUGCCGGACCACUACACAGGGGAGGGCGCACGCGGCGGCCUCUACGCAUCAGGCGACAGUUUCAGUCGCAGCACCAGCACCCACCUUAUGGUUUUGAACGCGAUUGCCUCUGCAUCCUGUGUUUCCGAUGCAGAUGCGGGUGCCGCUUGCACCGCUGCCGCCCAUGACCGCUGGGGUGAGUUCGGUACCUUCGUGCAGUCCAUCACAGAGAGCCGCCAGAACAGCAAUCUGGCGUCGCUCAGGAGCGCAGCCGCGGCGGGAUGUCCGCUGCCGGAUGGCGUCAACGGCGCUCCGGUUGCCCCUCUCCCUGCCCCGAUGCGAAAUGCGGAAAACGGCAGCAGUGGAGCAGUGUCGGCCCCGCUUGCCGUGGUAGCGCCGCCACCUGGUGUCGACCCCAUGGUUGGCUUGCAGCUCCCUUCCUUGCCCAGCACCGGCACCUCCAUGACGACCCCUCCCGCGCCUGUCUCGUCUGCCGCUGCAGGCAGGCAAGUGCAGCCGUCGCCGCUGCACUCGAGUGGCGCCAAAAUCACCACCUCUUCUCUGACACUGCAGGUGGCGCACGGAGCCGGCAGCAGCGCGGUGCGUGCGUUGGCCGCGGCAGGCGUCGCAGCGGAAGCGGGUGGCAGCAGCGAGAUGCCAAACGCGGAGCUUGAUAAACCGCUGUCACCUUCAUUUGGUAUCUUGAGCUCCCCUCCUCUAAUCGCCCCAGUGCCGCAGUUCGAGUGCAUUCCCUGUCCGCCGCUGCACUCAGGACCUGGUCGGCCAGCCUAUUUUACCGCUGUAGUCGCCCCCAUGCAGCGCGUGGCGUCUGAGCCGCUUGCCAGUCAUCGCCUCUGUGGCGGUGGCGGUGACGGCACAGAUUCAAUUGUGCACCACCAACAAGCGCAGCGCGGCCCAGUUCCGCCGCACCCCGGAACCUCAGCUGACGCGGUCGCAGCGACAGCGGCGACGGCAACGACCGCGUCGACGAGGAAUCCGGAGAAGGCACAGCUGAUGUGCCGCUUACGAGAGGUGCUGGAGCGCUCCGUCUUUGGGAAAUCAUCGGUCCAACCGCCUGCGGUGCCAUCCGCGGUUGCUGCGGGACGGCGGUCAUCCUUGUCCGACAACGCUGCGAGCGGCGUAGGAGAGAAUCAAGAGAAACACUCUGCAGCCGGCAGCACCAGGGUGCCCGUGUCAUCACUUGUGCCUUCGCCCCAGUCGCUGCGGCAGAACCAGCAGAUGCCAGGCUAUCCUACACCGUUGCCGAGCACAACAAAGACAGACGACACCCCUGGCGGGUCAGCAAACGCGCAGCGUAGUGACAGCCCGUCUGAGCUCAAGGACGGCGACAAACGCGGAGAUGGGACUGGCGGUGUGGCAUGGGACGACUCGUGGGAUUUCCUUCGGCUCGCCACUGCCGCGAUCUCAGAGUUCCCGCACACCACGUCAAGCAAAGACAUCGUCAGCGAAGCAGCCACUUCUCACAGCGUGCCGCGCGGGACUGUGCGUCCCAAGGACGCCGGCGGCGACGAGGACAGGGGCAGCAUGGGCCCUCCCAGGUGUGAUCACGCGCCGAAGGAGGGGUGCCGCGCUCACGGAUAUGUCGGCAGCAGCAACAAAGCCGCUACCAUGAACGCAGCAAGGCCACCUGGUGGCCUCAGUGUCUGUCGCAGGUGGGACAUGGGUAGCUGUGCGACGGCGAACAACACCUCCUCCCGUGCAUAUGCGAAAGAGAUGGUAGCGGCAUCGCUCGUCGCCAACGCGCAGCAGUACCGACCUUCAUUGCCUGUUCCCAUGUUGUGGAUGCGACCUGCACGCAGCCCGCCAGGCAUCGCGUUGCAGGGCGCCUCGGUGUCCGAUGGAUACCGAACAGGACUCACGAAAAGCAACGUGGACAACUUCAGCCGAGCUGAAGAAGAAGUACCGCGAGCGCGCCAGAGGCACUCGGCAGGGGGAAAGAGGGUUCUAGGUGAUGAACAGCAGCCAUCGCAGGACGAUGACGGAGAGAGGCAGUCCUUCUCGACCAACCUCUCCCCAGCACACGCGGAGAAGCAGCAGCUGAUGCAGCGGCUGCGCAUGGUUCUCAGCCGUCAUGGUGAGUGA